GGUUAUUUAAACCUCCUGGAUCCUUAUCUAGCUCCCUGUAAUUGCUCUCCUUUUUCACUUUAUAUUAAUACAUUAGCUAUGAUAUCUACUCUACCUCUCGCCCGUUUACGAGUUUAAUUCUCUGUUAUAAUCAUAGCUCUUACGGUGAAAAUAAUUUACGUUGUAAGUCCGUCCGAUAACUAUUUGUAACGGAUCGCCGGUAUGGUGUCACUAUUUAAUAAUAUCGUCAUCGUGACUAGUAUGGGAAUAAGUACUAACAUUAGCAUCCCGGACUUCCGUUCCCGAGGCGGAAUAUACGCUAAUAGACCAUCGAAUGUUCGAAAUCUCUUUUACGUCACUACAUUGUCUCAUCUUCCGGGUGGGCCUGCUCUCGUAGCUUUUUGUAAUAAGCGGACAAAAGCCUUCCGAGCACAAUAUAUCGGCUGAUUGAAGACUACAGUGGAACUAGCAUGCUCCUAAAGGUCUAUACUAAAAAUGUUAAUUAUAUCGAAGACAAGCUUAAUUUCUAUAUUAAUUUAGACAAGGGCUUUAAACGUCGACGCCUAUUGAGGGCACGAAAAUGUAAGCUAUGAAACAAGGCUAGGAACAAUAUGCAAAUUCGGGACCGAGGAAUUGAAUGUGUUUAACUACACGGGUCCAUUGACAAUACGCGAUGCUUAAGUUAUGGUAAGCGCGAGAGGUGGUCUCGACAAGGGGAUUAAGGUUAACGCCAAAGAUAUAGAGCCAAACCAGUGUGUUUUGUAUAUAGAGCAUUAUAUAGGGCCGGCGGCUACGGGA